AUGACCAUCACCUCCCUCCAGCCCAGCCCAGCUCCCGUCGCGGAUACUAAGAGCCAAGCUCCACCUCCUCGUUUAAGAGAAAAGGCUCCCUCGUGUAUCGGCGGCUCGGCCUCCUCAUUCUCCCUGUGCAGCGGCAACACCGAGACGUUUGAGCGCGCACCACAGUCUGCAGGAGCAGCAGCUGGGGCCGAGUCAGGAGUGUCCACCGUUCACGCAGUUCUUCUUCUACUACUGGACAUGACUAUCACAUCGACGUCUGGCGCCGGCAUGUGGGCUUGUGGUGGACACGCCGCUGUACGUGCUGGUAGGUGA